UACAGUAGGGUGGAUGUUUGCUCGUGUCGUCUCGUCUAUAACACGCGCCUCGUUACUAGACUCUCGAAAGGACAUGACAGGCACACCUAUUGCCUGCUAAAGACAGUAUCUGACAUUAGAAGAGUUGGAAAGGCUAUAUACCCGAGGGAAGGCUUUUAACUGAGUAAAAAAAAGUGUGCAUGUGAGAAGAGAAAGAGGAGGAAGGAAGGAAGGAAGGAAGGAGUAAGAAGAGGAAGAGGCUAAAGAGAGAGAGAGUAUAUAAGAUAAUAAAGUGGAGAGAAAGUGACCUUGGAAAAUAAGUGGUGACUGUGAUGAGAGUUUAAGAAAGUCCUCUGUGGAUUGAGUUGAGAUUGUGGUGAGUGGUGGUGGUGGUAGCUGGUGGUGGUAGCUUGUGGUGGUGCUGGUGAUGCUAGCACUUGUGGUAAUGGUGGUGGUGUUCCCAUGAACUGAGGGAACACAUCCUGUGCUCACCACACACACACACACACACACACACACAGUCACACACAGUCACACACACACACACAGACCUCGCCUCUGUGGCUGUAAUGCCACCAUGGAGUACAAAGCGACCCAAUUGUCCACUCUUAAACUCCCCAACGACUUUACCAAUGGCAAAAUCAACAGCAGCAGCAACAGCAGUAACAGCAGUAAUGCUUUCCCUAGAGUGCUGUCAGCUAAGGAAAGUGGAAAAAGAGAGCAGCACCAACAACAGCACCACCACUACAAAUCGGUGUUGGAGAAGCACCACCACAAACAGGUGUUGGAGAAGCACCACCACAAACAGGUGUUGGAGAAGCACCACCACAAACAGGUGUUGGAGAAGCACCACCACAAACAGGUGCUGGAGAGGAUCCACCACAAGCAGGUGUUGGAGAGGACUCACUACAAGCAGGCCCUGGAGAGGCCUUACCACAAGCAGGUGUUGGAUAACUCCCACCACAAGCAAGUGCUGGAGAGGACUCACCACAAGAUUUAUAUAACAAAUCGAGUUCAUGAAAGCGCCAGUCGACCCCAAGACUCCAGUGGAGUCCAAGACUCCAGUGGAGCCAAAGACUCCAUUGGAGCUCAAGACUUCAGUGGAGCUCAGGAAGUCACCAGUGGAGCUCAGGAAGGCGUCAUGUUUGGCUCACAGACAGUGGACAUCAACUCAGCAACACCGUACUCAGACGCCACACAGGUAUGUAGGAGAGACGGUAAUAAUAAUAAUAAUAAUAAUAAUAAUAAUAAUAAUAAUAAUAAUGAUGAUAGAUGAUGGAGUAACUACCUAGAUGUUUCUCAUUAUGUUUCUUAAACCAUUCUAACCCUUCUCUCCCUCGUAUUUAUACAACAUUCCCAUUCCCUCAUAAUUCUCAAUCAUUCUCGCUAUUUAUUCCGUCUACCAAUCAUUCCCACUCAUGCAUUCUCACAUACCUAUUUAUCCUCACUCUUUUUGAUUAUAAUAAUUAUAAUAUUUAUCCUCACUCCUAAAUAUUUAUUCUCACUCACAACUAGUCAUUCACAGAUAUUCCCGCUCACUACCAUCCCCACUCACAACCAUCCCCACUCACAACCAUCCCCAAUCACAACCAUCCCCAAUCACAACCAUCCUCACUCACAACCAUCCUCACUCACAAUCAUUCCCACUCACAACCAUCCCCACUCACAACCAUCCUCACUCACAAUCAUCCCCACUCACAACCAUCCCCAAUCACAAUCAUCCCCACUCACAACCAUCCUCACUCACAAUCAUUCCCACUCACAACCAUCCCCACUCACAAAC